CCAGCCCUACGUACUAGACUACAAGCUCAUUCUCUCUUGGCAGCGAUCUGAUUUACUCUGAACAACAACAUCAAGUCACUGGGCGUCCUCUGAAUGAAAUUAUUAACUAGGCCUACAGUACUGCUGCGGGCCGGGGACAUCAUCAUCAUCUGUGUUCUAUGUGCCCGAGGGAAAAGUUUGUCACAUGUGACCACCACACGCUUCUCCUCUGGCUGGUUUCCAAACCCCACCCCGUUUCGGUCUCCUUACUCAACCCCCUUAUCAAGAGACAACGCUGUGGAGACCCUCUACAGGAAAUGGCCCCUUAUCAGGCUCAGAGACCCAGGCCAUAUGCUGAUGCCUCAUUGGCUAGAAUGAAGGUGGCCUCUGGUGUUGGUGAAGGGAGUCAGAUGUUGUCCUAACGCACUGGCUCGUAGAGGACAGUUAAACGGGCCGUGUAACGUGUGGACAAGGUUGCGUAACAGUAACAGGAGGUUUUGUGCUGUAUCAGUUGUUAGUGUUUAUAUGCUCAUCAGCUGUGGGUUCGUUGAAGGCCGGACGGGGAGGAGUCAACCAUUUUGAGAUCCCCUGAGAUGAAGAGAUCAGAGGCAGAUUUUUUUCUGGAAAGGGAAAGGAUACUCUGGUGGUCCGGGUCCCACUGGGGCAGCCAGAGGUGGAGAUGAAGAGAUUGCACUCUUAUGGUAGCCUGACCGAGGAGGACACGAGCGAGCAGGAUGACUCGUCAUCCCUUAGGUCUUCCUGGUCCUUGGCGGACACCAUGAACUAUGUGGGCCAGCUGGCAGGCCAGGUCCUGGUGACGGUGAAGGAGCUGUACAAGGGCAUCAACCAGGCGACCCUCUCUGGAUGCAUCGACGUGGUGGUGGUACGGCAGAGGGACGGCACCUACCAGUGCUCGCCCUUCCACGUGCGCUUCGGAAAGCUGGGUGUGCUUCGCUCGAAGGAGAAAGUGAUUGACAUCGAGAUCAAUGGCGAAGCGGUGGAUUUGCACAUGAAGCUGGGGGACAACGGCGAGGCGUUCUUCGUGCAGGAAACGGAGGAGCAGAAUGAAGUGGUUCCGGCCCACCUGGCCACCUCGCCCAUCCCCACCGAGGGCCACAUGUUCUGGAUCGGCGAAGUCCGCGGGUCAGGCGCCGGCGUGGAGGACGAGCCCCAGGAGAUCGACGACCCUCCCGAGGCCCCGGUGUGCAGCACUGGCUCAGUGAAGAAGAAGAGGAGGAGGAGGAAGAAGCACAAGGGUGACCCCCGGAGGGAGGAGCUGACGCCGCCGACCUCCGCCCCCGUCCCCGUCCCCGCCCCCGCCGUCCAGCCCGAGGAGAUCUUCGAGAUGGACCUCAGCUCGGACGAGGAAGCGGCCGCCCACAGUGCCAGAUCUUCCUCAAUUAGCACUAUACGAGAGGUGGAGCAGAAGUACCCCGUUCACCACUCUCUAGACAACUACCCUUUUUCGGAUGGAGAUUGGUCAACCACAGACAGUCGUGACCUGUCCCAGGCAUUCUCUCCAAAGAGUGACUCGGAGCUGAUGGUGCGGCCCUCUGACAGCAUUCUCAGAGCAGAGUCCCACAUGCAGUGGACCUGGGGAGAGUUCCCUGAGCCAACUCGGGUUCCCAAAAAGGAAAAGCCCGAAACCCUUCCCAAGACGGUCACCAUCACGCCCUCGGAGAACACGCACUUUCGGGUCAUCCUGAGCUCCGAGGCCAUGGGCUCGGACGCAGAUGCCGACACAGAUGGCCCAGAUGGCAGCGGCAUCGGUAUCCAGGACAACCAGGCCCCCGUGUGUGCCAUCGUGAGGCCCAAGCCACGCACGCCUGUGGCCACCGUGCCUCCAGUCAGCGUCCUGCCGCCCUCUGAGCCACAGCGCGCACCUGAGCCAGUGCCUGACCCUGAGCUGAGGUCUGAUCCCGAGCCGGAGCCGGAGCUGGAGGCUGUUGAAGUUUGCGAGCCUGGUGUGAGCACCUCCACCCCAAUCAGCGCCCAAGCUGCUGCUGUCGAUGCUGCUGCUCAGAUGUCUGGAGACAUGGCCGAGACAUCCAAGACUGACUCGCCUUCAAAGAAGAAAGGGGUCCCAAAGAGGAGCCAACAUCUGGGCCCUGAAGAUAUCUACCUGGACGACUUGAAUGUACUUGAUGCAGAUGCCGUGGCUCGCUACUUUCCCAAGAGUGACUCAGACCCGGGUUCCAAGCCCUGGAAUGAGUCCGAGAUGCACUCCGGUUCCCAGUCUCCCCAGUCGGUGGGCAGUGCGGCGGCGGACAGUGGCACCGAGUGCCUCUCGGACAUGGCCGGCGACCUGCCCGACGUCACCCUGUCCCUGUGCGGAGGCCUCACAGAGAAUGCAGAGAUAUCCAAAGAAAAGUUCAUGGAGCAUAUUAUAACCUACCAUGAAUUCGCAGAAAGUCCUGCCAUCAUUGACAAUCCAAAUCUGGUUGUAAAAAUCGCAAACAGAUACUACAACUGGACACUAGCUGCUCCUUUGAUUCUGAGUCUGCAGGCUUUCCAGAAGACCCUGCCCAAGGCUACGGAGGAGGCCUGGGUGAAGGAGAGGAUGCCAAAGAAGUCUGGCCGCUGGUGGUUCUGGCGCAAGAGAUCGGACAGCACCAUCAAGCCGUCUGAAAGUACGGGCAAGCUGGAGAUGAAGGACCCUCAGCUUGACGAUGUGGGGGGACCCUCCCAGGAUAGCCGAGCCCUUCAAGCUCAAGAGCAGGACUCGUCCAGUGACGAGGAGACCAAAGAGCUGAGUGCCACGGCAGGUGUCUCUCUGGAGAGAAGCUCCCAGCCCGACGCCGCCGGACACCCCAUGGCACACUCCUACAAGAAGUCCCUGCGCCUCUCCUCCCAUCAGAUUGCUAGUCUGAAGUUGAAAGAAGGGCCCAAUGACGUGACCUUCAGCAUCACCACGCAGUACCAGGGCACAUGCCGCUGUGAAGGCACCAUCUACCUGUGGAAUUGGGACGACAAGGUCAUCAUCUCCGACAUCGACGGAACCAUCACAAAGUCGGACGUCUUCGGACAGAUCUUACCACAACUGGGGAAAGACUGGACUCACCAGGGCAUCGCCAAGCUGUACCAUUCCGUGGCAGAGAACGGCUACAAGUUCCUGUACUGCUCUGCGCGGGCCAUAGGCAUGGCGGACAUGACGCGAGGUUACCUGCAGUGGGUGAACGACGGGGGUAUUAUCCUGCCUCGCGGCCCUCUCAUGCUCUCACCCAGCAGCCUCUUCUCAGCUUUCCACAGGGAGGUCAUCGAGAAAAAGCCGGAGAUUUUUAAGAUCGAAUGCCUUACGGACAUUAAGAACCUGUUUCAACACAACAAGCAUCCCUUCUACGCUGCCUUUGGAAACAGGACCAACGAUGUUUUUGCGUAUAAGGAGGUGGGAGUGCCGGUGUGCAGGAUCUUCACGGUCAAUCCCAAGGGCGAACUCAUCCAGGAACAGACUAAAGGCAACAAAUCUUCGUACAGCAGGCUGAGCGAGCUGGUGGACCAUGUUUUCCCACUACUGAGCAAAGAACAAAGUUCGGCUUUCAUUUUCCCAGAAUUCAGUUCCUUCUGCUUCUGGAGACAGCCGCUGCCUGACAUUGACCCUGAGGACCUUCUGUCAUAAUGUGCCGUUGCCAUGACCACACCCAAUCCUUGCUGUUCCUCAGCAGGGAUUCCCCAAAUCUAUACAGAAGUAUCUGAGAUUUCAAACAGAAAGACGCUGCUAAGCAAAACAGAAAAGGAGAACAAGAACUUUUUUUCCCUCAUCCGACAUCGUAUUUCCAUAGGACCACUGACAGACAGACAAACAGACAGACAGACAUGGUCCAGACACAAACUGGCAUUUGUUCGUUCACUCACUCAUUCACUCACUCACCCCAGGAGCAGAAAGAGAGCAAACGAGCGAGCAUGAGAGAGAGAGAGAGGCUUGUGCUUCACAUGCCCCCGUGCCCACCCAUCCACCCCUUUUUCUCUGGGUGAAAAGACUAAAGACUAAAGCCAUAGCCCCUGUCAGUGGUGUAGUGCCCAUGGCUCGCCAUGCAUUACCAGGGCUUGGCCACCAGUGCCCCGUAGUGUUUCCAGCACAGCUGGUUGGCACAUCUUGGGCUCAUUUCCUCCUUAACACGAAGCUCUCGCUCUGGACCUGAGCGGUGCGAUUCCGUCUCGGCUGCUAAAACCCCCCAGGCUGCUGUGGCGUCCUCCCAGACGCUGGCCGCCCUUGGAGGCAUAGCUAGAUAGCUAGAGUGUUUUCACAGGUGGUUCAGAUAGACCACCUGUUAUUGUAGUGAGUUUAUUUUGGAAGUAAUAACUUUUUUUUUUGUUCUUUUCUUUGUCUCGUUUUGUAAUGACGUUGUGUGAAUUUCUCACCUGUGUACUGUGCACCCGGCACAGUAAGUGAAAAAAUUAACAUUGUGCUUUGUCUUGGAAUUAUUUCAGUUCUCAGAACAUAUUUUAAUGUUUUAUUUACUUGAGGAUAUAUUUGAAGAUGAAGAAAAGAUAUUUUUUAAGUCAGAUGAAGUGAUGUGAUGAUUAAUUUAUUCAUAUGUUAAACAGUAUCCACUGCCUUGGCAUAAUAGUAGUCUGGGAGGAGACCCAGAUGUCGAUGUGAUGCAGUGUGCUCGUGCAGUGCAAGUGUGCCAGGUUCCCGAAUGGUGUGGUGUGGUGUGAUGUGAUUGCCUUGUGUGGGACUCUCAGGUCAGCCUUGUAAUCACUCAGUCGCGCUUUGGAGCCUAAGACUGACCAAUGGGAGUCCCCUCAUCUGACGGAACAUCGCUAGCUUGCUAGUCAGUGAAACGGUGAGAGAAAAGGCGAGUAACAGAGAGAGAGAGAGAGAGAGAGGUAGAGAGAGAAGAAAAAGAAAGACUCUGGAAUACACUGAAGCAGAUAAGACCCAGCAUGUGCUGUGGGUCUGUAUUCCAGAGCCCUGGCUGCUUUCUAAUGCCUUACUGAACGCACUUUGAGUGAAGGCGCAGGGAGGGAAGGAGGGAGGGAGGGAGGAUUGAAGUUCUAUUUUCUUUGCACUUAAGAACAUUAUGAAGAAGAAGUAUGUUGUGCAGCAUGAAUACGGCAGAACAAACUGUGCAGUAUGGGUGUGAAGCAGGAGUCAACGCUCCCUGCGACCCCCCUUUUCCUUUUGCCUCCUUGGGUCAGGCAAUGCUAUGGAUGACUGUCUUUAUUUCUCGUGUUACCUUGAUGAACUGUCCCCACACUCUCUCCCUAUUUGUAACACCAUCUUAGGUAGUCAAAAAGACAUGUUGGCUGGUAUACUAACUUUUGUCUAUAAUGCUGAGACGAAAAAAAAAAUGCCUUGUGUUCACUGCUGGUUCAGAUGCCUACGACUCCCAGUGUAAGCGUGAUAAAAUAAGAAAGCGCCCAAUUAAAUUGAUCAAGCUCUAGGAAGUGAACCUGUGAUGACAGCGGUGUUUGAUGUCCCUGGUGUGUAUUUCUGUGUAGUGAGAGAGAGAGAGGGUGUGAGUGAGAGAGAGGGUCUAGAGAAGCCCUCAGACGUGGGAUUAGAAGGGGAGAUGGCUCUGGUUGGAGUGAUCUGCUGCAGAGCUCAGUAGAGUGCAUCUGCCUGUUGCAAGCAGAACGUUUUGGCGCCAAUCCAUGUGUAUGUAUAUGUGCUUAUGUAUGUACGUGUUUCAAGUGUGACUGAAGCACUAGUACUUGAGCAUUUGGAGGAUGAAACAAGAAGCAACGUGUGCCCAUAGGGGUGUUAUUUUGUAAGUUCUCGUAUGAGUCUUUGUAGCCGCCUGCUUAAAUUAUUCCUUAAUUUACGAAAGUAUAUAUCCUGAAAGCACAACAUAGUUUAAAAAAUAUAUAUUUAUUGUUUGUGUGCAGAAUCCCUAUUCUUCUUUCAUCGCUUAUGUAGGCUCUGAUGGUUUGUGUGAAUCGUGCGUAUGUACUUUCUAUCAGAACUGUAUGAUAGACUGAAGUAUUCUUCUGCGUUUGCUGUGUAUAAACAAAAUGAUCUCGUUCUUUCUAUGAAAGUAAUACCUCUAUGUGUGGGAAGUUCACACUCUACUGGUAUGAUCCUGAGCUAUGUGGCAUUUUUAUUGUUUUUUUUACGUUUCCUUCUUUUUAUAAUGGCGGUCUUAUCAGUCUGUGGUAGAUGCUGAACACAUUGUGGUGUUUUUUUCCUCCCUCAUGAUUUUGUCUUGAUGCCUUUUCAUUCUUUGUACUCUGUGUUCUUUAUCGAGUGUCUAAUUCAUUUUCUUUUUGUAAAAGCUUGCAAGUGACCAGCUUAUAAAAAAAAUGUAGGCUAUAUUUGAUGUAUAGAGUAUAUUGACCAAUAUUGAGUUUACAGAACACCUAUUAAAAAUAUACCGCACCGAUA